AUGGGCAAGAGCAUCAUAGGAAUUAUCAUCAUAGCCGCUAUUAUUGGAGUCGCCGCUCUCGCACUCCUUGUAAUAUGCAUCAGGAGAAGAAGAAAGGGUAAAAAGGCGAAAUACGAGCGAGCCCAUGGCGACGACACCACCGAAGUAGCGUCCACCUCCCGUGCAGCCAACUCAUCAACGGCACCAAGAAGUGGUCGAUCUGGUAACCCGCCAUCUGCUUCGGCAAACCGCAACAAUGCCGCCGCUGGCAACGUGGAUCGCAACACUUCGGUUCGCUCGGUCAUGACCCUGCCGGCUUACCGCCAGAUGGCUUCAACCAACGAGCAGGUUCUAGGGCGAGAAGGCGAGAGAGAUGGUAUCGAUGUCAUUGUCGACUUGCCUACCGAAGAAGAAUUGGAAGCGCUGCGUGAUGAAGAGAUGGAGAGCAUGUAUCAGAUUCGGCUUGCGAGGCGGCAGAUGAUUGAAGAACAGCAGCAGCGGAGAGCGGAGCGACAAGAAGCCCGACGACGAGGCGAUACUGCGGCCCUGGCAGACAUCCGUGUGCGCACCCGGGCUGCGAAUAACAGCACUGCUAUCGACGAACUUCGACGGGAAAUGGAGCGUGCAAAGGAAAACAGGAAUCUUUCCGUGUCGAGCGUAUCUUAUGCGGACGUUGGACUGGCUCGCCACGACGGCACAAGAAUCCGUGCCAACAGCAGUGAGAGCGAGCGCGUUGGCCUGCUCUCAGACUCUGCCAGCAUCGGCAUGGCUGAUGUGCGAUCUCAGGCGCACGGCCGUGGAAUGAGCGUGGGUUCCGUCAUCAGCAUGGACAGCAACUUCCCCUCGCCCGCAUUGACCCGGUCGGGAGACUCGCAUACCAACACCCCGGGCCAGGCUCAGAGCGAAGCCAGAGCAGGGUCGAGCCCCGAGCUUGUGGAGGCGGACUUGGGCGAGGAAGCAAUGCCGCCUCCAGGCUACGAAGAUGUUUCUCUGGACGACGACGACUUCCAAGAUCGACCACUGUCGCAUAUAACCGAGCCGCCGCCAGAUUACCCCGGGCACCAUCGAACGGAAUCCCAGAGAAGCCAGAGGAGCCAAAGGAGCCAGCGAAGCCCACCGUCGCCAUCUCUUGUGUCGGCUUCAAGCGAGGACAAUUCAACAGACAAUCGGCGACUGUCCACUCGCGGUGUUGGUGGCAUCCCUCAACUGCCGAGUCUGCGAAUUAGCGAGCUCCCAUCGAUUGCGGUCGAGCCUCCAAGCGCACAGCCGCCGUCGGAGCACGACCCGGCUGAGCAAAGACAGUAA